AUGCAACAAUUCUGUUGCCAACAGCGCCUUCUGUGUAAAGGACCUCCAGAAGAUGAUAAGGCCAAAGCCAUUCAGCAAAACAUUGGGGGUGCUUUCAAAAUGAACAACAAGGUUUUUGAAAAACUUUGGAAAUAUCAUCAAGCUCUCAACAACUCCAGGGUCAACUACCGUCUGCUCCCAUACCCAAAUGGAGCAAAACUUCUUUCAGCCUAUGCACAUGAAGUGGGAACUUUAAUUGGGUGUGACACUUUAAAAUUUAGUAAGAAAUGUUCACCCAAUAUUGUGAAUGUCAAAAUCAAAGGCAAUUAUUUGUGGGCAAAGAUACUGCAUAUCUUGUCAUUGAAGGUAUCAAAAGAAAUGGCUGUGUUGGUAAGAUGGCUGGAUGAUGUGAGGGAUCUAGUUUUUGAUCAGAUGUUAGAAAGGUUUAGUAGGGUGUGUGUGGUUCAGAACUUGAAAGCAGAGUUCAUCCCAGCCUCCUUGGUUGUCAGUACUCUGGCUGAUUGA